AUGACGCCAGCAGCGGCAGCUGCAACUACAGGUGCUGUGGGCUCUUCGGCAACGAGCACUGGAUCGCCCGCGGCGGCCACCACUGGUGCCGCAGCGUCAGCUGCUACCACCGCUUCCGCUGCCACCACCUCCGCUGUGUCGUUGUUCGAGAAAGCCGACCUCACGUCCUUCCGCAGAGUCAUGGACUCUACCACACAGCAAGCUCGCUUGUCCGGCUUCACCACAGCUGCCUUAGCAAGAACAGGCACUUCUGCACUACAGCAGCAACAAGGAGACGCAUCGAAGAGCGGACAAGUCUCGCUGAUUGGUCCCGGUAGUGUCUUUGGCGCUCUCGCGUCGUUUGACAACGUCGACGGAGCCGCUAGUCGUGCCAGGUUCCGACGUAAGGACGCACGAGAUGCCAUGAAGCGCAGAGUGCAAGAAUGGAGGGCAUUGAACUCCCAAUGCAACCAGCUCGAAGCGGGUCUUCUGGCUUUGCCACUGGUGUCGCCAAAAGAGAACCCUAAACUGGCGAUGGAGAGGGCAAGGCUACGUGCUGAUUUUGGAGCUGCUCAAGCGGAUCGUAGUGAUGCGCUGUAUGCAAUCGUUGAUGCUGAGAAGGUGUUUGUUGAAGCACAGAGACUGGACGUCCUGCGUCGAUUGGAAAAACUUGCAGGAAGGGCAACUGAAGUGUACUAAGACGACAUGUCAGGAAUUUGAGUCAGUUCUAAGAGAUAAGAUGUGAAUUCGCAAGUACGUAGUUGGACAAUGACUUUCAAUUUCAAUGGAUUUUUGGAAGGAUUAGGAUUAGAAUGGAAAUACAGCAAGAUCUCUGAUCGUCUCGUCACCAAGUUUAUAUUACCUCACGCGCUCUCUCAGUUACCUCAACGAAUUCGGUGGCGCCGCUGGCCCAGAUCGGGAGCUGAUGAAGUGCAACUUCCAAGCGAAGCGAAUGCAGCUAGAUUUCGCAAGAAAGGCAGACUUCGAGUUGAAUUCGGCGAUUGGAUCUUAUCCUCUCGAAGUCCUCAAGGAAGCAACAGAGGAACGUGCUUUAGCCCAGUACCAAAUGGAGGAAUAUCUGACUUGGUUGACGCAAGAGCAUUUCCGUGGAAUUUUGGAGUGGUCGAAGAAUGCCACUACGUUGUACUGCAACCCAGCUGCUGCGGCUUUGUUUGGAGCACAAUGCGAGCUGAUGGAACGUUAUCUGGAGAAAGUCGAGUCUCGUUUUGCCGAACUCGAUCAGGCAAAGCUGAUGUUCGAACUCAAAGAGAAGGAGGAAAAAGCCUGUAUGCAGAUGCGAUCGCUCAUGUUGGACUAUAUGACGAAGCAGUACGACAAGAAGCUGAUGGCGGCAUGGAGCGACAGUGAGAUUGACUGCAGGUUGGCAAGAAGUGCGACUUUCGAAGCCAGUCUAAAACGAGAUUUGGAGGAAGGAACUGCGUGUGCAGCGGAAGUGGCGCCAGCAACAGACACACACUGCGAAAACACGGUGAAGCGGGCGAAGGAGUACUAAGUCGAUGUAGUGUGUUGAUCUCAAUGCAAUCCUAUAAUUGUUUUUUCGGUAGAUGAUGAUGUUGAUGAUGAUGAUACUCAACGUAGAUGCUCCUCCUCAACACUGACAGGAGCACUUUCACCUCAAAACUUCACAGGGCGCUUCGCGAGUUCGAGCUAGACACUGGCUGCGAUUCCGUUGAGUCUCGCGCACAAAUUCAGCUAGAUGCUCUCCAGAACGCUUUGGACAUCGCAGCCAAGGAGGAUGCUCCGGAUUUGAAGUUGGUACGUGAUGCUUUAGUAGAG